AUGAAGCGACGACCUCCAACACCUUCUCGUGGGAACGACAUCGACAUAAACGAGCGCCCCAGCAAGCGGCGACAAGGAACUGAAAUCGUUGCAGGCCUUUGUCCUGUAUGUCUGAAGGUACUCACGUGUACCGAAAAGUCAAUCCAACUUGGUCUACCUUUAUCCGACACUCCCCUCGAAGAUCAGAAGCAAGCCAUUGCACAACAAGGCCUGCAAUUUUACUUCAGUAAGUCAACACUCGGCACGGUGUACUUCAAAGUACGAUCAGGAUCCGAAAAGAACAAGAGACUCACCGUUUUCGACAAUCUAGUUCAACAUAGAAUAGGUAUUUCGAGCCCUUCAUGUGGACUGAUGUAA